AUGGGUCAUAACACUCGGCCACCUUCACCACUGCAUUCGGCAGACGGUCGUUACCACUCAGGCGACAAUAACCGAAGCCACCCAGUGGCCGCACCAGUGCCGGAGCAGUUCACGCCGCCUAUGCACGGCAGGCCAUUCAUGACAGAGAUCAUGUCGCAGUCGCCGUUCGAUCAUUAUGGCGACCCUUCGCUUUACCACACAGCACAAGCUCCAAUCUACUACACUCCACCAAGAGCCAUGAUCACGUCCAUGCCCGCGCAUACACCGCCUCGCACCAUCCCUGAAGAUGGCAUCCAGACCCGUAAUGGCCGAGCACUUGGAACUCCGUCAAGCCCAGGUGCUAUCACCAACUCCACGCGUGCCUCGGAGUCGCCACUCAACCGACCACGGCGCAACCUAAAGAAGAAGCCAAGCAAGAAAAGAGGCCCCGUCGUUGAGCAGCCACUCAGCAUAAUGACCAAGGAUUACAAAACACCAGUCCGUGACAUGUCUCUAUGGGUCAACCGACCGGUAGAGGAGAGACUGGCAGAGGUUGAAAGAAAGAAAGGAUACGUCUCAAGGCCGAUGAAUUCCUUCAUGCUCUACAGAUCUGCAUAUGCCGAUCGAGCGAAGCAGUUCUGUAAAGAGAACAAUCACCAAGUUGUGUCACAGGUGACUGGCGCAAGCUGGCCCCUGGAAACGAAAGAAGUCAGGGAUCUGUAUGAGCAACUGGCUGUGACGGAGCGCGACAACCAUCAAUCUGCUCAUCCGAAUUACAAGUUUGCACCAAACAAGGCAGCAAAGCGAUCGAGACCCGAUGAUGACAGUGAUAGUGAUGGUGAAUGGGAAGGUUCCAACAGAAGCUCCAAGCGAGGUCGGCAAGUUCCCAGCAGAAGUGCGUCGUCAACCCCCUUUGACGAGAGGAUGCCCACCUACAUCCAUUCUGUGCCCACAGUCAACCCAUCUGGAUAUGAGUAUACCAACCCAUACGGACCACCACCUCUAAUGGUCGGGCCGUACGGUUUGUCCGGCGAUUAUUAUCAAACCACAACCGCACCCUAUGCUGAUCAAAUUAGCGACAUCAAAUAUCAGAAGAUGGUAGACCCAUUCCCGCAGUACCAGACGACUCUGGGAAUCAUCGGGAUGCCUAACACAGCUCAUCAUGAGCUCUUGACAUCACAUCCUGCCCCUACUGCGCCGAGUCAGAUCGACAUGCUGGAUCCCAGACUUGGCCAAGGCGAUUCAGAUUUUCACUUCGGAUACUAUGAGGGUGAUAUGACAAUGGGACCGGAUGUUGCGCGGACCAUCACAUAUGAGCCCGCCCAGGCAGUUACUUAUCCGCCAGAAGCGUACCACCCCGGUAUGGCGACUUUGACUGCAGAGGACGAUUUCGGCGCAGGAUCUGACUUCGAAACUGAAUUUCGAAAGCUGGGAUAA